UCUUUCAUAGAUUUGAAAUCGUACUCACUAUUUCGUGAAACAAAGCUUUCUGUGGUGUUACUGAGUGCUCGAAAGCGAUUGAAACUCCACUAGUGAGGCGUAUUUAUUAAUUCUUGGCAGCGACGUUUUAGUCUUGUUCGCGUGUUUUUCCAGGAGCAUGUGCAAAAGUAUAAAAAGCAAUUUCCCGAACCUAGACUACAGACUGAGGAAUAUCUCAAAUCAGCUCGAAGAAACUGCAAUACAAAUACUGAUCUCCUGUCGCUUAAGUUACGGUUCAGGUUUUAGACUUAAAUAAGCCGGAACACAUUGACAUAUGUGGUGCUCUCAAUCACUCUUAAAUUGCGCUGUUUCCAAAUCUGACUCAAAAUGGCGGACAUCCUAUCGUCGAUUAUGAAAGAUUUCGGACCGUGGCAGCUCAGAGCGAUACUGCUGAUAUACUUGUGUAAAAUACCUUCGUCUUGGUUCAUGGCGUGUUUAAUCUAUACGGCUCCUGCUCCCAAACACGGUGAAUUCUACUGCAAGCCCCCGCUGUCAGUCAGUUCACACUUCGACGAGACCAAAUGGAUUAAGGCGUCUCAUCCGGUGGUGGAGAAAGUGAAUGAUCAUGAAUAUACCGUCGACUACUGUAAAGUGUUCGAGAAUAACUUGGAGUACUACAAUGACGAAAACCUCACAUCAUGGCAGCAGCCUAGUAACAACACCAAGCUUGUUCCCUGCGCAGCUUUCGAACAUCUGUCGGAACACGUUUCCAUAAUUACCCAAUUCGAUUUGGUGUGCUCAAGAUACCCGUUGAUAGCACUUACGCAAAGUGCUCAUCUGUUUGGCGUACUCCUGGGAGGAAUCAUCGCAACUCAGCUGUUGAAGACGAUCAGCCCGAGAAAUACGAUGCUGAUGGGUAUGUACAUCCAGGUCGCAGUUGGUUGUUUCACCGGUUUUGUAACUGCAUACGAGAUGCACGCGAUGUUCCGAUGCUUGAGUGCAGUUUUCUGUGCCUUCAUGUAUACGGCAGGAAGUGUUAUCAUGAGCGACAUAACUGGCGGAAAGUUCAAAACCGUUACAAUUUGCAUGUUUGAGCAGUUUUGGGCGAUCGGUGUGAUCAUGCUCCCAGGACUCGCCAGUAUAGUGAACAGCUGGUCUGGUCUUUACUUGGCCAUCUCGUUACCAACGUUGUUCUACAUCGUUUUGCAUAAAUGGAUCCCGGAGUCUCCGAGGUGGCUACUCAAGCAUGGAAGGGUGCGAGAAGCCAAGGAAUACUUGUUGGAAGCAGCCAGAUGUAACGGGACUGAAGAUAUCAUUCCGAGCAAUUUGGAUCAGCAGUUGGAAUCACUCUCCAAGGCAGCUAUUGAGCAGCCACAGCCCGAUGCUUGGUGGACGAUUUGGAAGGAGAAGGCAGCGACGAAGAAUCUUAUCUGCGUACAUCUGGCGUGGGGAAUUUUCUUAACUGCGUACUACGGAACGCUGUUGAAUAUUACAGCUUUCGGAAGGGAGAAAAUCGAGAUCAACACUGUUGCUGCAGGCGUAUCGGAGAUGACCGGAACAUUCAUCGGACUAUUUCUCAUAAUGUUCACCAAGAACAAAUGGAUUUGGUGUGGACUGUUGAACGUUUUAAGCGGCUCAGUAGCAUACCUGGCAUGGUUGAUUCCACCAGAAGUUACGGGCAGCAGCCGGAUUGCCCUUCUGAUGCUAACGGCAAUGAUCUCCAAGAUAAGCAUUUCCUGCUGUUUAGCCCUAUGUUUCACCUGCACAGCUGAAUUGGUGGGCGCGAGCAAGAAGAGUGGAGCUACAUAUUCGUGUACCAUUUUUGGAAGGACCUGCUUCUUGGUGGCCCCGUUCAUAGUAGCUUUGGUUCCAUUCGGACAGUUGGUACCCCUGACGGCUUUCGGAUCGAUGGUCAUCGUUGGCGGACUGAUUGCGAUGUGUAUCAACGGAACGCGGACUCACCCGAUAGUGCAUAAGAACGCAGUUUACCCGGAAAGCAUUUUUACGUCCGCAAAUUGGAUAUCCGAUAAACCGAACGGAGUGAUCGAGAUGAGACUAUGAUUGUGACACAAAAAA